CAGGCCAUUUGUGACAAAGUGUUCAGAACAGUUGGCGAAGAAUCUAUGUUUCUGUACGAAUUCUAUUUCAUUUACGUUUCGAACUUGAUUGCGUGACGUGAUAGUUCGCAAACACGCGAAUGUGCCCGUUCAAUCGCCGACGAAUAGAGUCAAACGCGUUCGACAUUUUGUUCAAAUUGAAUUUUUAAUUCAAUCUUGUGGUGAUUGUAAUUGCAAUUGGAAAUGGCUUCGCCGGUGACGUGGAUUAGAAACAACAUGUUGUUCUCACCUCAGGAAAGGAAACUGACUGAAGCUGAAUUGAAAGUUCAGAAAUCUCUUCAGAAGCUUUCAAUCCCAGAAUGGUAUCUGAACAAACGCACAAGUCCACCGAAAAUAAGGAAUAUGACGCCGAUUGGGUAUCGUCCACCGGCAUGGAGAUAUUCUGUGCUUCCGACCAGCGUUACUCUCAAAUCGACAUCGUGCAUACCAUCAGUCACGUUCCCAACGGGCUACCAAAAACCGAGCCCAAACCUCAAGAACGAUGCGACGACACUGGACAAUAAAAAACCGAGUCCAAAACUUAAGAACGAUGAGACGAAACCGGACAAUCAAAAACCGAGUCCAAAGUUCAAAAACGAUGUGAAGACACCGGAAACCACAAAAACUAUGGGUGAACAAAAAUCGGAAGCCAACCAAAAGAAAUCUCCGCAGAAAUGCUCGUUAUCAAAAGAUAAUGUUUUGAACACAAAAGUUCCCGUAGCGAGGAUCCUGCUACUGAACAAAAGCCUAACGUUUCCCAGGAUGUCACCCUCGAAAAAGAUAGAAAAUAUAAAUAUCGUGUUGCCUAUCGAGCCGAAGAUCGAGAUUUUGGAACGUCCAAAAGAGCCGACGGAAGAGACCAAGUACAAGACCUAUCUCGUAAAAAAGUCCGCUGACUCUGCGAAAAAGGGCAACAAUGAUACAAAGAAGGAAGAUGAAACUCUUAAAAAGGAUAACAACGGAGUGCUUUCAAAGAGUAGUAUUGCAACUCCUAAGAAGAACUAUACCCAGAUUCCCAGGAAGACCGAAGAGAUACCUAAAAAAAUGAAUCAGGAGACUCCUACAAAGAUCCAUUCACGUAUCGCAGAAAUGGUGACGCCAUUGAGAACACCAGAUAUUAAAACGAACUUCAAGAUUCGCACCACUUCCACACCGAAGUGCUCGCCAGUUAAUCUCUUCUCGUCGACCAUCAUCGAGGAUUACCCUAACGCGAAGAAAACGCUUUCGCCAAACAUCCUCGAGAAAUCAUCCAUCUUCGAAAACAGUUUCAAGUUUGAUUCUACGUUUGAUACCACCAUGGACCGAUCGGACAGUUUCAUGGAGAAAUCUGUAAGCACUUUGAGAAGUGAAAAUUCUUCUCGGGCUUCUCUUAGUAGGAUAUCCCCCUGCAGGAACAGUUCAUAUGAGAAUAAGGAGGAAACGAAACCAAGAAAAUCUAAUUGGUUAUUCGAAAAUAACAUCCGAUCUAUUGACCCGAUUCUGUUUGAGAAGGACGAGUCACCUCGGACGCUUAGGUCUCCGUCUAUGGUGCGCAAGAUUGUAAAGAAGAUAGAGUCACAGAACUCUGUAGAAGAUCAAUCGUUCAAGCUUUUCCAGGAGAAGAAGAAGAAUUCUGAGGCGGACAGAACUUACAACAAUUCGAUUGUUCAAGAAAGAAAGUCAAAGUUUGAAAAGAACUUUGCGCCUCUUCAAGUCCAGAGGUCCAAUUACACCGGACUUGAGAAUGUUAUUUCUCAAGAAAAGAGAUCCGAUCAUCAGAAGUCCCAGAAUCACGAUCUUCGGGAGAAGAAGUUUACCUCAGAAACGCAGUCGCCGUGUACCAAGUUCCUGAACUCAAGGAAGAAAUCUACGGAUCUAGAGAACGUGGUGAAGAGUAAGAAGACCAUUCGCGAAAAGAGUCUGGUCCAAGAAAUUAUUGAAACAUUGUCGGCAAAGAUAAAUAAAUCUAUCGUGCCUCGGCAUAACGACAAUCUGGUCGAUCCUGCCGGUAAGCAGAACUUCGUGAAGAAGCUAGUGGAUGCCCUCGAGAAGUCUGAAAUGAACAAAACCAAGGAAAAUGUAGUGAAAAAGUAUUCCAUUAUCGAGGAGGAUAGUUCCAGCGAAUCAGAAGACAAAUCCUUCCUCACGUCAGCCUCUCCCAAAGAUACGGAAAGCGACUCCGAGCCAAGAUCAUCUAACGUAAUAGACAAUGAAAACCAAAGUUUCGAUUGCAGUGACUUGACCAUUCACGACGAACAAACUGUUGAGGAGGACGAUUCCGUUUACUGGAUACCCGUACCCAGGUGCAAGCUACCUCGGUCCAGUUCCCUCCUGAGUAUAAUAUCCAGACUGUCCAGCGAGUCUCAGUCGCCGUGCGUAAGUCCGAUCAGCGAGAGAAAAUUCGAUAGCUCAGGACAAUCCGCUUCGGAUUCCACUCUUAAGAGGACCAGCAUUUCCAGGAAGCUGUUCAGAAUCGACGAGACCAUAGUGUUCGAUUCCGGGUAUUCAGAUAAGUCUGACAAGUCUGCGAUGAGUUCCGAGUACUCGACAACGGACUACACUUGGUCCGAGUUGGACACUUUGAAUGAUUUUGAAGCAGAUAUCUCGUCUUCGACGUUUAACAGGUCUAUCGGUCGGAAGUCUUUCAUUGGGCAAACAUACUCUGUUCCUUGGUAAGGUAUACAAAACGUAGGACCAACUGUCUUUUUUAUUAAAUAAAUACGAAGAGCGACGGGUUUGAGAAUUAUUUUUUAAUUAAAUACAUUAUGAUCAGAUUUUACUUAAUUUUAUUAAAUUUAAUUCAUAUCGAAUCUCACAACAUUCUUGAGUAGAUAUUUUCAUAUUGUCAAAAACAAAAUGUGGAAACGAAAUGCAGAAUCAGAUUAGAAAUUACUGCAGUAGAAAAAAUAAUUUUUGCAGUCAAUGUGUUUUCAAAAUGAUGGAUAUUCUAGUAUCUGCUUUGAUACCUUCUAAACAGUAUUUAAAUUUUCUAGUUUCCUUCAUAUUUUGUAAAUACGAAUUAAGAUAUUGAAUAUUGCAAAAGUGGCUAAAGGUUCGAAGCAGAUUACACAGAAUAUCCAGUAUUUUAUGUACAAAUAUACUCAGCGAUUACAAUUUUUAAACUCGGUUUGUUCUUCGAAACCAAUGUUGUUUUAAAAUUGCGUGUGUAGUUGACCGAAGUGAUUCGUGAUAUUCUAAUAUAUAAUAAUUUAUGUCCAGUAUAUGAUUUAAUUAAUAUGAUAUUAUUAUAUUUAAUUAUAUUCUCGAGUUGUGUACUUCUUAUCUAAAAAUGUUUGCAAAUAUUUUUUAAAAUGAAGUUUUAUAUGGGAAACUCGUAUUGCAAAUUACUUUCUUCUAGUUACAGUAAUUUCUUAUAUUACGAUCAUAUUUACUGUACUUGAACUAUUUACAUAUCAGUAUUAUUAAUUAAGUAGCAUCAUUCUGCAUGAAGAAGCGCAAAAUUAAAAUAGUAGGUUUAGGAAUUAUCGCGUAUCUGGUUGCAAACGUUUUUACGAUUGUGUAAGCAAUCUGAAUCUGUGAAAAGUGAGAUUAACUGUAUAUAAAAAAUUCACAGCUUUGUUAAUACACGUAUAUUUUAUUUAGAUGAUUUACGUCUAGCGAGGGCCGAAUACAAAUGGAUGAUUUCGUGAAAAGUGUAAAGGUGUUUAUAUAGUAUAAUAAUAUACAUACAUACGUGUUCGAUAAAACAUGGUAUUGUUCGCUAAGUGCACAAUUUACUAAUGUUAUCAAUGAGACGUAUAUUUUACAUGGCGAUUUGAG